AUGAAAGCCUGGAAUAACACAAAGAAUCCUGACUUCAUCCUCAUGGGGUUGACAGAUUAUAGAGAGAUCCAGCUGGCCCUUUCUUCACUCUUUCUCCUGAUCUACCUUAUCACUGUGCUGGGAAACCUAGGUAUGAUCAUGAUCAUUUAUCUGGAUCACCAGCUUCACACACCUAUGUAUUUUUUCCUGACUCACCUCUCAUUCAUUGACCUCAGCUACUCAAGUGUCAUCACACCAAAAACCUUAGCGAACCUAUUGACUUCCACCAAGAACAUUUCCUUCGUGGGCUGCUUCACCCAGUUGUACUUUUUUGUUCUGUUUGCUGGUGCUGAAAUCUUUCUCCUCUCUGCCAUGGGCUAUGAUCGCUAUGUGGCUAUCUGCAAUCCUCUACAGUACCCUGUAAUAAUGUCCUCCAGACUCUGUUGGACUCUCCUGGCUGGGUCCUAUAUGACUGGCAUUCUAGAUUCUUCUGUCAAUGUCAUUUGCAUGAGUGGAUUGACUUUCUGCAAAUCCAAUAUCAUCCACCACUUUUUCUGUGACACAUCUCCAAUGUUAGCUGUGUCCUGCAAUGAUACCUAUGGAAUUGAAGUGAUGGUAUUUGUUCUUGCCGGUUCUACUCUAAUGAUGUCUCUUAUCACAAUAACUAUGUCCUAUGUGUCCAUUCUGUCAACUAUUCUGAAAAUUAAGUCCACUUCAGGAAAGCAGAAAGCCUUCUCCACCUGUGCCUCCCACCUGCUGGGGGUCACCAUUUUUUAUGGUACUUUGAUCUUCACUUAUUUAAAACCCAAGAAGUCCUACUCCCUGGGCAAGGAUCAAGUGGCUUCUGUGUUUUACACGAUUGUGAUCCCCAUGCUCAACCCACUCAUUUAUAGUCUUAGGAACAAGCAAGUGAAAAAUGCUUUCUUUCGAAUCAUGCAGAAGAGUUCAGGCUCCAGGCAAUAA